AUGCCAAUAAACACAUCUUUAUCAUCAUCACAAUCAACAGAUGAAUCAAUAUUUUCAACAAUACAUUUAUCAAAUAUUUCAAAAACUAAAAAAAAUUUAUUAUCACGUAUGAUAUCAUUAAAAAAUUCAUCAAAUAAUAAAACAACCAUAGGUCGUUCAUAUAAUUUACGUUCAUUUGAAAUUACACAUGAUCAUUAUUCAAUUGUUAUACAUUUUCUUGAUGAUAGUGAACGAACAUUUUUUAUUGAUCGUCGUUGUAAAGGAAUUGAUUUAUUAAAUCAAGUUUUUGAUUAUUUGGAUUUAUCAAAUGAAAGAAAAUAUUUUGGUUUACUUAUUGAAGAUUUAACACAAGAUUUUUCAUAUCGUUGGUUAGAUUCAACAAAAAUACUUAAAAAACAAUUAAAAACUAAUUUAUUAUCAUAUCAUCUUUAUUUUAAAAUACGAUUUUUUCUUACUAAUCCAUCAACACAAAUUGAUGAUGAAUUUACUAAAUAUUUAUAUGUAUUACAAUUAAAAAAAGAAUUAUUAAAUGGAAAAAUCUUAUGUUCAAGAUCAACAGCUGCAAUUUUAGCUAGUUAUAUUAUACAAAGUGAACUUGGUGAUUAUAAUAUAAAUGAACAUCAACAAGGAUAUUUAAAUGAUUUUCAUUUUGUACCAUUUCAAAAUUCAGAUUUUGAAAAAGAAGUACAACAAUAUCAUAAACAACAUAAAGGUCAAUCGGCAGCUGAUGCUGAAAAUAAUUAUCUUCGUGUUGCUAGUUCGUUAGAUAUGUAUGGCGUUGAAUUACAUAAAGCAUCUGUUAAAAUAUCAAAUACAAAUAAUAGUAUAUAUAGUUCUAUUGUUGAAUUAUAUGUUGGUGUUUAUGCUAUUGGAAUAUCUAUCUUUCAAAAUUCAGUUAAAAUUAAUACAUUUUCAUGGGAACAAAUAACAAAAAUAUCAUUUAAACGACGAAGAUUUUAUGUUCAACUUAUUAAAAGUCUCAAUUCAUCUGAUGAUAAUUCAAUAGUUUUUACAUUACGUAAUUAUCGUUGUUGUAAAUAUUUAUGGAAAUCAUGUGUUGAUCAUCAUACAUUUUUUCGUUUAACAACAUUACCAAAAACUAAAAUUUUUCAAUUUACUAAUAAACUUCGAUAUCAUACGGAUAUUAUACCAAAUGAAUUAUUAAUGAAAACAAAUGAAAAAAGACAAAAAAUAUUUCAACGAGUAUCAAGUCGUCGAACUAUACGUUCAAAAACUAUUUCAUCAACAUUACCAAUAUCAUCUCAUAAUAAUUUUUUUCAAAAUAAAAAUUCAAAUUUACAAAGCGUUUUCUUUCUUUCAUCAUCAAAUAUAUCAAUAUCAAAGUCAGAUAAAAUUUUAAAUCAACAAUUAUCAUCAUCAUCAUUAGUAUCGCCACCAAAACCUCCACGACAAACAUCAUUCAACAAUAGUGUACUUAUUGAAGCAAAUGAAUAUAAACCAAAAAAUGCAAUAUUAUCUAAAAAUGAUUAUCAAGAUAGUCUUCAAAUAUCAAAUCAAAAACUCCCAUUAAACAAUUCACCUAAUGUUAAUGAAGUAUUAUCUAUUGAUCCGAAUGCUAUUCUAAUAAAACUAAGACCUGAUACUGAUGGUCGAUAUGGUUUUAAUAUUAAAGGUGGAAAAGAUAAACAAACAGCAACUAUUGUUUCAAAAGUAGUAUUAAAUACGUCAGCAAGUCGAGCAUUACUUCAUGAAGGUGAUACUAUAUUAGCAAUUAAUAAGAUUGAUAUUCGAAAUCAUUCACAUGAUGAAAUUAUUAAGAUGAUUCGAUGUUCACGUGAAAGACUAUCUGGUGAAUUAGAACUUCAUAUAAAACCUUGUAAUGAGAAAAGUUUAUUAAAAGAAUCAUUACAAAUACUACGUAAUGAUAUUUCAUUAAAUCGUUUGAUCGAACAAUAUCGAACACUUCAGCGUCAUAAAGAUGGUUUUACAUUUGACAUAGGUCGAAGUGAAUGUAAUUAUUAUCAUAAUCGUUAUAAAGAUGUAUUACCUUAUGAUCAAACACGUGUUAUACUUAAAACGAAUUCUGAAAAUGAUUAUAUUAAUGCAAAUUAUAUUAAUAUGCCAAUUAAUUCAACAGAUAUUAUUAAUCGUUAUAUAGCUACACAAGGACCAUUACCAAUAACAUGUGAACCUUUUUGGAAAAUGAUUUGGGAACAACAAUGUAGUUUAAUUAUAAUGUUAACAACUUUAUUUGAAAAUGGUCGAAUAAAAUGUCAUCAAUAUUGGCCAAAUAUAUUAGAAACAAUUGAUUAUGAUUUAUUUACAAUUCGAUGUUGUCGUGAAAGAAAAGAAAAUGAAUUUAUUUAUCGUGAAUUUUUAAUUUUAAAUAAAGAAAUAAAUGAAGAACGAAUUGUUUAUCAAAUACAAUGUGAAACAUGGCCAGAUCAUGAUAUACCUAAUAAUUAUUCUUCAUUUGUUGAUUUUGUAUUAGAAAUUCGUGAAUUAAGAAAAGCAAAUAAACAUAUUCCAAUUCUUGUUCAUUGCAGUGCUGGUAUUGGUAGAACAGGUGUAUUAAUUUUAAUGGAAACAGCUUUAUGUCUUAUUGAAGCAAAUCAACCUAUAUUUCCAUUAAAUAUUGUUCGACAAAUGCGUGAACAACGUUUAGGAAUGAUUCAAACAGCUAGUCAAUAUCAAUUUGCAUGUGAAGCAGUUCUUUAUGCAUAUGAUCAUGGAUUGAUAGAAGUCAAUAGCAAUUGA